AUGACAAUCAAAUCGUGCGAAAAUUCACCAACUUCUAAUAUAGGCAUGUCAGACAUUUCGUCUAACGACCAAAUGUAUAAAGCAGCUAUGAGGGCUGCACAAGAUUUGAUAGAAACUGAUGAAGAACUGCCGGCUGCACCGCCAGCCGCACCGCCAACUGCACCACCGGCCGCACCUCCGGCCGCAACACCGGCCGUACCACCGGCCGCACCUCCGGCCGCAACACCGGCCGUACCACCGGCCGCACCUCCGGCCGCACCACCGGCCGCACCGCCGGCCGCACCUUCGGCCGCACCGCCGGCCGCACCUUCGGCCGCACCUUCGGCCGCACCGCCGGCCGCACCACCGGCCGCACCGCCGGCCGCACCUUUGGCCGCACCACUGGCCGCACCACCAACCGCACCACCGGCCGCACCUUUAGUCGCACCUUUGACCGCACCGCCGGCAGCACCACCAGCUGCACCGCCGGCCGCACCGCCAGCCGCACCAUCGGCCGCAGAAACCAAACGUAGGUUAUAG